AUGGAUGAUAGUAAGAAUACCAAAACCACAAAAGAGGGUGGAUGGCAUGCUGCCAUCUUCAUCACUUUUGUGGAAUUUGCAGAGUCAUUUGCUAUAACAGGAUUACGUGCGAAUUUAAUAACAUACUUAACAAAUGAACUUGAUGAGUCUCUAAGUGAAGCUACAAAGAAUAUAAACACUUGGAAUGGUGUUUUGUUACUCUUCCCUUUGUUGGGUGGCUUCAUUGCUGAUUCAUAUCUUGGUCGCUUCACCACUAUCAUCCUCUCUUCUCUCAUUUGUCUUUUGGGAAUGGUUUUGUUGACAAUAUCAGUCUCUUUAGAGAACCAUCAUGAGAAGUUAUUCUUCAUAGCUCUUUACAUAGCAUCCGUCGGCGACGGCGGCCAUCGGCCGUGCCUCCAAACUUUCGCGGCCGAUCAGUUUGAUGACGGCACGGCGGAGGAGAGAGAUACUAAGAGCUCAUUCUUCAAUUGGUGGUUCUUGACACAAAUUCUUGCCGCAAUUUCUGCUGUGUUCUUUUUAGGAUAUUUACAGGAGAAUGUUGGGUGGAAUAAGGCAAUGGCAUUGCAAACUAUUGUGUGGAUAAUUUCAUUAUCAAUAUUCUUAGUUGGAAUCAAAAGGUACAAAAAACAAAGCCCAACAGGAAGCCCAUUUACUAAUAUUGCACAAGUUUUUGUUGCGGCAUUUCGCAAACGGCACGUGAAAGCCACGCUCCACCAUGCCCACGGUGUUUCAGAGCAGCACACUGAUCAAUACAGAUUUCUGGACAAGGCAAUGAUGAUGGACGAAGAUGAAGUUUCAAGCAACGUGAAAGAUCCAUGGAGGCUAUGCACAAUGGAUCAAGUAGAAGAAGUAAAGAUUCUCCUCGGUCUCAUCCCUAUUUCACUAUCUUGUGUGAUGUUCGCCGUUGUUCAAUGCCAACUCUCCACAUUCUUCAUCAAACAAGCCACCACAAUGCAACGUUCCAUAGCACCAAAUUUCAAAAUCCCUGCCGCAUCACUUCAAGGAGUUGUUGGAAUCGUAAUCCUCUUUUGUGUUCCAAUCUACGACCGAGUUUUUGUCCCCAUUGCUAGAAAAUUCACCGGCCAACGGUCCGGCAUAACGUUUUGUCAAAGAAUCGGAGCCGGCCUAGUCCUGUCCGUACUAAACAUGGUUGUCUCGGGUUUUGUUGAGGCCAAAAGAAUUGGAGUAUGUAAUCAACAUAAUCUUAUGGACAAUCCGAACGCUGAAGUGCCAAUAAGUAUAUGGUGGCUUCUGCCACAAUAUGUUAUUAUUGGCACGUCGGAUGCGUUAACAGUGAUAGGAUUUCAAGAAUUGUACUACGAUCAGAUGCCGGAGGAAAUGAGAAGUUUGGGAGCGGCGGCACUCUCCGUUGUUUUUGGAAUCGGAAGUUUUGUUAACAAUGGGAUUAUAGCUGUUGUGGUUGCAAUCAGCUCAAGAUUUGGUGAUAAAUGGUUGCAAAACAAUCUGAAUAAGGCUCAUCUUCAUCACUUGUAUUGGAUUCUUGCUGGGUUAAGUGCUAUCAACCUGUGUGUUUAUGUGCGCAUUGCUAAUGUUUUUGUGUAUAAAAAAGUGCACAUGGUUCAGGCUGUAGAGGGCCAUCAUCCUUUUUUCUUGAAUGAGAACAACCAACUCCGAUUUCCUCUGUACUGGUUGGAGGUCUCCCCCGUUGACAAAUAUAGCCUAGAUGACUUGGAUGAGGUAGAUGAGGACGAUCAACUUUUAUUCUUUCUUUCAGAAAUGGUGAAAAGCGGGUCAAGUGUUGCUUACCAGAAAGUCUAG